CUGCAGCCUGUCUUUGCAUUCACUCGGCGAGCCCAAACAAGCAAAAAACGCAGCAUCAGCCAUUGCAUCAGCCUCAGUCCUCCAUGUAUAUAAUUCAGCAUUCAUCCGUCCCUGGCCAUGGAGAGUGAAUAUAUUCUAACAUUGAGUUGGCAGACAUUGGAGAUUUGGUCUAGUUGUGACUUAACAAGCUGGUGAUUUGGACAAGUCCAUCUUUGCAAAAAGCAAGACUUUGGCUGAGAGGAAACAUCGUGUUAUCUAAAUAAAAAGAACAAGAACAAAAAAGAAAAAAGACACAUCCUCUACCACCGGCAGAGGGGAUUCAAAAGCCACUCACACAUAGAGAUUUCACAGUCUGCAUUGCCAGUGUCAAUCAUGAGCUCCCCUCUCACCGUGGAUCCGGCGCUCAUUGCCAAAGUGACCGACUACAUCAAGGUCUAUAUGGCCAACUAUGACCCUUCGCACGACUACAGCCACAUCAAGCGCGUGGUGCACCUUGCGCAGACGAUUCAGGCCCAAGUGCCCAACACGAACCGCGACAUUGUCACCCUUGCGGCUCUCAUGCACGACGUAGGCGACAGGAAGUACCUCAAGCCCGGAGAAGACGCCUCACGCAUGAUCUAUACGGCGCUCACGUCUCUCGGUGCGUCGGAGGAAUUGGCGGAGAAGAUUCAGGUCAUCUGUCUGGGCGUGAGCUACUCGAGCGAGAUCAAGGACCUGGCACGUGUACGGGAACUUAUUGAACAACACCCGGAACUUGCCGUUGUGCAGGAUGCUGAUCGACUGGACGCCAUUGGAGCGGUGGGCAUUGGACGAGUAUUUGCGUUUGGCGGAGCCAAGGGGAGGGGCUUGGGGGAUUCGAUUGACCAUUUUGAGGAGAAGCUGCUUAAGCUGGAGACUAUGAUGAAGACGGAUGUGGGGAGGGAGAUGGCGAGGGAGAGGACGGAGAGGUUGAGGCUGAUGCAAGAGUGGUGGAAACAGGAGACGGAGGGGGUUGAGUAGGCGGGUUUUAGAGUAUGGACAUUGAGAGUCGAAAUGAAUAGAGGAUAGAAGACAUUGCUGCUGUAUAGAGUUUAUGUUGUAUAGAUUGUCAAUGAUGAUGAUUCCGAA